AUGAUUUUACUUCUCCUCCUAUUCAUUCCAAUAUGCUCCGCGAGUCUAACACCUCCAUCAACCGAAAAUGUAUGGCUGGACCCCAACGACCCCACGGCAAAAUAUCGCAAACCCUCUCAAACAAAUAAUUGCGAGGAAAAAAUCAAUAACGACAAAUACCUUCGACUCAUUCUACGUCAAAUGAUGCACGAUUUACACGUGGAUUACACAAUUCCCGAAUACGUGGCACGUGACGUCAAAAUUCAAAUUCCCAAAUAUAGCAUGUCGGUUUUGUCGAAAUAUUUGACGGCUGAUGAGGAGACAUCGGAGGAUACGGCGAUGUCGAGGGAAAUUGUGAGAAGCGCGUUGGCGGAUAUUUUUAAAGUUGUGAGUUUUUUGUGGGAACGGGUUUAUUUAAAAAACAAAGAAAUGUACAAAAACAAGCGAAAAAUCAAUAAUUUUUUGGGUUUAAAGGCAAAUUUUGGUCAAAAACAGCGAAAAAUUGAUAAUUUUUGGGUUUUUCUAAGAGAUUUUCUAAUUUUUGGGAGGAUUUUUGAAUUUUCCUGGGAUUUUCCGAAUUUCUAGCAAUUGAGGAGUUCAUCGUCUUCUGAAAAUGAAAUAUUUUCAAAAAUAAGUCUUUGCCACGUCAUAACUCACCUUCCUCAUCGGCUUCUUUGAAUAAGUAUGGACCUCGAUAAACUCCUUGAUCUUCCUGAUCAUCAGAAGCAUCAGAAUCUUCCACCUCCCCAUCUGAAUCUAAUUCUUCACUGCUCUCAGUUUCCGAAGCAGAAUCUUGAUUCUCCUUCUGACCCUGAUUCUCAUCCUCAGCCUCAGCAUGAUACACAAAUCUCAAAGUUCUCCGCCGCUCCUCAGCCAUCGCAAUCCGUUUCGCCGCAUACAAUUCAUUAUAGCAGCGCUGAUAAUAAUCGCCGCGCAUUUCUUCGCGAGCCAACGCUUCGCUCAAAUAUGUCACGCGUUUUGCCAUACUUCCUGGCUGCGCGUCUUCUCGCUGUCUUUUCCGACGCUCAUCUUUUAGUUCGAUGUUUUCGGUGAGAAGACGGAUGUUUGUCUGGAAUUUCGGGGAUGAUUUUGAGAGGAUUUAGGGGUUGCCACGUGGAUUUUGAGCUAAAUUUCCCAGAAAAUCUAAAAUUUUUGGUCUAGAAAAAUUCACUGUUUUAAUAGUUUGGCAUAAAUUUGGAUUUUUGAAAUUUGAACCGUUUUCAUUUCGUUCGCUUAACUAAAAAAAAUUCAGAAAAAAAUAGAAAUUUUCAGGAUUUCCCACGUGGCAUUUCUUAUAUUUAAUUUCUCAAAAUUUCCAGAAAUCUGAAAUUUUUAUUCUAAAAAAAUUUACUGUUUCAAAAAAUUGUCAUAAAUUUGGAUUUUCGAAAUUCAAACUGUUUUCACUUCGUUCGUUUAACUAAAAAAAAUUCAGAAAAAAAACUGGAAAUUCUCAGGAUUUGCCACGUGGAUCUUUUACCUUCAAAACUUCUGAAAUUUUGCAGAAAUUCCAAAUAUUUUGGUCUAGAAAAAUUCACUGUUUCAAAAAUUUCUACUAAAUUUCGAUUUUUAAUUUUAAACCAUUCCAAUUGAGUUAGUUGCCUGUGGAAAUUCCGAAAAUUAAGAAUUUUCAGAAUUUCAAGAUUGCCACGUGGAUUUUGAGCUAAAUUUACCAGAAAAUCUGAAAUUUUUGGUCUAGAAAAUUGUAUUGUUUCAAAUAAUUUGAUAAUUUUGGAUUUUUGAAUUCGAACCGUUGCUACCUUUAUUCCAAUUGAAAAAUUAAUUCAGAACUGAAAUUUUGCAGAAACUCAAAAAUUUUGCUCUAGAAAAGUUUACUGUUUCAAAAAUUUCUAAUAAAUUUGGAUUUUUGGAUUCGAACCGUUAUUUCUUUGUUUUUUUCAACGGAAAAAUUCAGAAAAAACUAGAAAUUUUCAGGAUUUGCCACGUGGAAUUUUAGCUUAAAUUUUCCAGGAAAUCUAAAUUUUUUGGUCUAGAAAAAUUCACUGUUUCAAACAUAUCUGAUAAUGUUUGAUUUUUUGAAUUCGAAUCGUUUUCGAUUUGCUUGUGUCACGAAAAAAUUCAGAUUAAAAAAAACUAGAAAUUUUCAGAAUUCGCCAUGUGGCAUUCCUAUUUUCUAAUUUCUCAAAAUCCGCAAAAAUUAAAAAAUUUUUGGUCUAGAAAAAUUUACUGUUUCAAAAAUUUAACAUUAAUUCGGAUUUUUUGAAAAUCAAGCUGUUACUACCUUCAUUCCAAUUGGAAAAGUUCAUUCAGAACUCGCCACGUGGAUUGAAAAAUCAUAGAAAUUUCAGAAAAAAACCUGAACUCUCACAAUCAGGAUUUGCCACGUGGCAUUUUUAGCUUCAAAAAUUCUGAAAUUUUGCAGAAAUCUAAAAUUUUUAUUCUAGAAAAUUUGACUGUUUCAAAAUAUUCUAAUAAAUUUUGAUUUUUUGAUGUCGAACUGUUUUCGCUUUGUGUUUUCCACUAAAAAAAUCAGAAAAAACUGGAAAUUUUCAGGAUUUGCCACGUGGCAUUUCUGAUUUCUGAAAGUCUCCAGAAAUUCCAAAAUUUUUGGUCUAGAAAAUUUACUGUUUCAGAAUAUUCUGAUAAAUUUGGAUUUUUCGAAUUUUAACCCAUUCAAAUGAUGUUGAUUAGGGAAAAUUCGAAAAAUAAGAAUUUUCUGAAUUUCAAGAUUGCCACAUGGAUUUUUAGCUUAAAUUUCCCAGAAAAUCUGAAAUUUUUAGUCUAGAAAAAUUUGACUGUUUCAAAAUAUUCUAGUAAAAUUGGAUUUUUUGAAGUUCAAGCCGUUGGUCCAUUCAUUCAAACUUGAAAAAUUCAUUCAGAACUCGCCACGUGAAUUGAAAAAUCAUAGAAUUUUCAGAAAAAAGACUAGAAAUUUUCAGGAUUUGCCAAGUGGCAUUUCUUAUUUUUAAAUUCUGAAAGUCUCCAAAAAUUCCAAAAUUUUUGGUCUAGAAAAAUUUACUGUUUCAAAAAUUUAACAUUAAUUCGGAUUUUUUGAAAAUAUUCUGAUAAGUUUGGAUUUUUUAAAUUCGAACCAUUUUCACUUUUUUUGUUAAAAAAAACUAAAAAUUCAGAAAAAACUAGAAAUUUGCAGAAUUCCAUACGUGGCAUUCUAAAUAUUUGCCACGUGUAUUCUGUACGUCUUUAAUAAAUUUUCCGCCCCAAAAACUCACAAUCUUCUGCUUCUCCCACAAAUCCUCAAAAUGUUCCGCUUGCUUUCUGAGUUUUCUCAUCUCCUUUGCUUUCACUUCAGAAUCCUUUCUCAAUUUUCUGAAUUUGCCGAGGAAUUUACGUGGAACAAUUGGCAUUUUUAACUGGACUUAGCUGAAAAUUCAAAGUUGAGACCAGAAAAAAUUAGGCAAAAUGGAAGUGAAGUUAGGCUAACUUCAAGUAAAUAAUGAAAAAAUAAACAACAACAAUAACAACACAGAAAAUAGCACCUCUAGGCCCCGCCCACUUUUUCUGGGGACCACGCUUCCCAAAGGCUGGAAUAUUGGUGUGAAAUGCUAGAUGUAUGGGAAAAUGGGAAGAGAUUUUUGGCGGGAAAAUUGAAGAACCAUUAUUUGAUAAGGGAAUUGGAAUUUUGAGCUGAAAAAUUAAAAAAAAAUGUGAAAAUCAACAAUUUUCAUAUAGAAAUUGAUAGUUUUGUCUGAAAAUCAACCUAAGUUUGUUGAAGAAAUCAAAAUUUUACUUCAAAAUUUCGAAAAAUCGAUGAAAAACAUGUUUUCAAAGAUAUAGGAGUUCUUAAGGCGCGGCUACUUGAGAUAUGAUUUUUCAAGACGCAGUUCCAUGACGAUUGAGCUGUCUAGGCUCGGCUACUUGACGUCGCAGUUCUCAAGGCGCGGCUCCUUCAGAAUUGAACUCUCUAGGCGCGACAUCUUAUUAAUGUGCAUCUCAAGGCGCGGUUACUAGACAUAGAAGCUCUCAAGGCGCUGCCUCUAGCCAGAGUAGAUCUCAAGGCGAGGCUACUCGAAAAAUUAUCUCUCAAGGCGCCGUUCCUUGACGAUUGAACUGUCUAGGCUCGGCUACUUGCCAAAGUGAAUCUCUAGGUGCGACUGCUUAACAAAGAAGCUCUAUAGGCUUGGCUGCUCGACAUAAAGGCUUUCAAGGCACAACAUCUUGUCAUAGUGAAUCUCUAGGCUUAGCUACUAGACAUCAUAGGUCUCAAGGAGAGACACCUUGCCGUAGUGAAUUCCUAAGCUCUGAUCCUUGACUAUCAAACUGUCUAGGCGCGGCUACUAGAUAUCAAAGCUCCCUAGGCGCUUCUCCUUGCUAAUGCGAAUCUCUAGGCGUUUGAUAACUAAGCCAAAAUCAUACACAAAAUCCCUCUUCUCAAUCCCAAAUUUUUCCAGAACGACGACUACAUCGAGAACAACUUCCAAGACCUCAUCCGCAAAUCUCAACCCAUCCUCUUUACCCUCAACAUCCUAAUUCUACCAGCCGCUCUAAUAGUCAUCAUCAAAUCAAUCAUCCGUCCCAAAAACUUCUAUAUCCUCCUGAUUUCCACAAUUUUCAUCAUCUCAAUGUAUUGCGGAUAUAAUCGAAAAUAUCAGGAAGCUGAAGCACGACGUUUCGCACAAAUCCAACAAUUGAAUAGUUUAUCAGAUGCUUGUGCUCCUGAAGGAUUGCUCCAAAGAUUCAGCGAUUCAAUGCUUUCACUUAUCAGAUAUCAACCAAAAUCGGAUUGUCAAAAAUAUAUUGAACAUCAAUUUAUAUCGAUUUUCUUCGAGAUUUCACCAAUUGAAGUGUUCUCGGAGACUGUGGCUUCGGGAUUAUUGUCAUUUUUCUCGGAAAGCGCCAAACAUUUCAAACGAUUCUUCCGGGAUUUGUAUGAAGGAACACCGAUUAUGGCACAAAUUGUGAUGACUGUUUUUUUGAUUGCGACUUUUGGAAAAAUCAAGACGCCGUUUUUUAGCUAUGAACCGAUUUGUGAGUGCGUUUUUGGGGGGAUUUUGAAGGGAAAAUAACACAAAAUUCUCAAAAACUGAAAAUUUCAUGAAAAAUGCAUUGGCUUUUUAAAAUUAAAUUUUACAAAUUUAAAUUUUCCGCUGGAAAUUUAGUUUUUCACCUGAAAUAUGUCGAAGUUUCAAAAAUUUCAUUCUUCAAUUUUUCACUGUUUCAAAAAUUUAACAAAAAAAUUAUGAGCCUUUUGAAAUUGAUACUGAUUUUGACCUCAAUCUGAAACUUGAUUCAUUUUACGCUGAAAAAUUAGUUAUUCCUCUAAAAAAUAUCGAAUUUCUAGAAAAAUACAUUAUUCAAUUUUUCACUGUUUCAAAAAUUUAUCAAAAACUUGUUUUGAAGAUUUCAAAAAUGAUAACAUUGGCGUGGAAAAUAUUCAUCUGAAUUUUAAAUUUCGAUGAAAAGCUGAAAAAAAUUGCACUUGAAUUUAAAUUUUUUUUCCGCUGGAAAUUUAGUUUUUCUUCUCAAAAAUAUCGAAUUUCUAGAAAUUUCAUGAAAAAUAUAUUAGAAAAUUUUUCACUGUUUUAAAAAUUUAACAAAAAAUUUUUGAGCUUUUUGAAAUUGGUGCAAUAUUGAUGUAAAACUUGACCUAAAUCUGAAAAUUGAAAUUUUUCUUGAAAUUUUCCACUGGAAAUUAAUUUAGUUUUUCACCUGAAAAACGUCAAAAAAUCAGAAUUUCUAAAAAUUUAAUGAAAAUUUCAUCACUCAAUUUUUCACUGUUUCAAAAAAUUAACAAAAAAUUUUUUGAACAUUUCAAAAUUGAUAUUGAAUCUUUACUUUUCAUGUGGAAAAUAUUGAUUUGAAUUUCAAAUUUCGAAGAAAAGCUAAAAAAAAAUCCACCUGAAUUAAAAUGGAAAUUUAGUUUUUCCUCUGAAAAAUAUCGAAAUUUCUAAAAAAUUUCAUGAAAAAUACAUUAUUCAAUUUUUCACUGUUUCAAAAAAUGUAUCAAAAAAAAUAAUGAGCUUUUUGAAAUUGAUAUCAAUUUGUCCUUUUUGUAGGAGUGGAAAAUAUUGAACUGAAUUUUAAAUUUCGAGGAAAAGCUGAAAAAAAUUAACCUGAAUUUAAAUUUUGAUUAUUGCCGUUAGAAAUCCGUUUCAAAAAUUCAUUUAAAAAAUUAUUAGUUUUUGAAAUUGAUCACAAAAGAAACAUAUUUUGAAAUAAUGAAAUCUAAUGAAAAACUUGACUUAAAUCUGAAACUUGAGAUUUUUCUUGAAAUUUUCCGCUGAAAAAUUAGUUUUUCCUCUGAAAAAUGUUGAAAUUUCAAAAAUUUCAAUAUUAAACUUUUCACUGUUUCAAAAAUUUAACAAAUUUUUUUUUGAACAUUUCAAAAUUGAUAUUAUCAAUUUAUCUUUUUCGUUGGAGUGAAAAAUAUUGAACUGAAAAAAAAGCUGAAAAAAAUUAACCUGAGUUUAAAUUUUGAUUUUUUUUCGCUGGGAAUAAAUUUUUCACCUUAAAAAUGUCGAAUUUUUGAAAAUUCCAUGAAAAAUACAUUGUCAAAUUUUCACUGUUUCAAAAAUUUAACAAAACCUUUUGAAUCUUUUUGAAAUUGAUAUUUUAAAUCCUAAAGUUGAAAUUUUCAUCCAAAAAACUUUCAAUCUCAAUUUUCAGUGCUCAAAUUCCUCAGCUCGUCAGUCUCCAAAAUGGUCGAAUAUAUGGAAGAUGCUCCAACCGCAGCUCCAACUUCUCAACUUAUCAUAACUCAUAAAUCCGAACCUCAAAGUUCCCUAUGUGCUCCUGCUCCUGAUCAACUUCUCCUCAAAUCCGAGCCGGAAAAUCUGAAGGAAUCUCCGAAGAAAUCGAAAAAGCGCGGGAAAAAACUGAAAAUCAAGGAGGAAGAAGAAGAAGUUAAGAUAACUCCAAAACUUGAAGAUUCUGAAGAUGAAGAGUGGGAAAAUGCGAUAAAUGACUCGGAUUUGUCUUCUGAAAUCAGUGGCUGA